AUGACAGAUAAAUCACAAUUAGAACGGAAACCUUCACGAAGUAUCAGUGAUGCUCGGAUUGCUGGACUUUACGAUCUACAAAAAACCAUAGGCAAAGGUCAUUUCGCUGUAGUAAAAUUGGCAAGUCAUGUUUUCACGGGUGAAAAGGUAGCUGUGAAAGUGAUUGAUAAGACAAAAUUUGAUUCCUCAAUGGCAUCUCAUUUGAUAAAAGAGGUUCGCUGUAUGAAAUUGGUGCAGCACCCAAAUAUAGUUCGUUUAUAUGAAGUUAUCGAUACACAAACGAAGUUGUUUUUAAUUCUCGAAUUAGGAGAUUAUGAUAUGUAUGAUUUUAUCACAAAAAAUGCUGAUAAGGGCUGUCCAGAAAGCGAAGCACAACAAUAUUUUUGCCAGAUUAUCAAAGCAAUUGAUUACUGUCAUCAGCUUCAUGUUGUUCAUCGAGAUCUAAAGCCUGAAAAUGUAGUGUUCUUCGAACGUCUGGGCAUGGUAAAAUUGACGGAUUUCGGAUUCAGCAAUAAAUUUAUUCCUGGCGAGCAACUUGAGACUGCGUGUGGUAGUUUAGCUUAUUCAGCUCCAGAAAUCUUAUUGGGGGAUGCCUAUGAUGCUCCAGCCGUUGACGUAUGGUCACUGGGAGUUAUUUUAUAUAUGUUGUUAUGUGGUCGAUUGCCAUUCCAAGAAGCAAAUGACUCGGAAACUUUGACAAAAAUAUUAGAUUGCAAGUAUUCUCUUCCAGAUACACUUUCGCUACAUGCUCGAUACCUCAUAUCAAGAAUGUUAGUGAAAGAUGUCCAAAAGCGCGCAGCGCUUAGCGAAAUUAUUAAUAGUUCGUGGGUGAAAGCUGGAGAUCUCGGUCUUGCUCAGAUUUUACCCUUAGUUGGUCGAGAUGUGCUUCCGGAAAGUGCACAUACUACAAUUAUUGACCAAAUGGUAGCUGGUGGUGUUGACACAGAAGAAAAUAUUCUGCGAUCGCUAGAUAAUGAUGAUUUUUCAUACAUUACUGCCACUUAUUAUUUGCUUGCUGAAAGAGUUCUGGCAUCUUAUCGUGAAGAACGCGCCAGGAAAGCGCAUGAGACUGAGCGUCCUUCAUUGAGCGAUUUACCAGCAGACUUUAAAAAUUGUCCUGAAAUAAGGGAAACGGUUGACAAAAGUGAUGAAGGGAGUAUUUAUAAAAGUCGAAGUCGAUCCAAUUCAUGGCGUGGAAGCACUUCUGUUUCCCGAUGGCCAUGUACAAUUUUGAAAGAAGAAAGUGAGGAAGAGUUGUCAACAUAUCAUUGCGGUACAUCUAGGCAGUCGUCAAGGCACUCAUCUUGCUCUGUGUCGAUAUUUCCUUCCAACUCUGGUUCACAUGGACGAAUAUCACCUCAGGACAUACAGGGUUUAUUGGAAUUAUCACGAUUGAACAUCGCAGAAGGUAAAAGGCGAACACUUUCGCCGGAUAGUCGUCUGAGCAGCCGAAGCUCUAGUCCACCAAAUUCAAGCGGUCGUGCAAGUCCUGCAGUCAAUCGAUUGAAGGUUUCUUUCACUGGAUCUGGUGGAUUGCGGAAGUUGGGUUCAUCGCCUCACCUACUUGGGAUUUGUGAGGAGACGGAAGAAUAUGAAUUCGAUAAAGGUGCAGAACAACGUCAAACUGUAACUCGCCGUAGUGUUUCUGGUGCAUCGAUUGUGCCUUUAUCCGCAUCUCGACUUUUUAUUCAGCCGAAGCUUGCUAAAGAAGAUUCUGUGGAUGCAACUCUUACAUAUAGCAGUGUACGCAUGAUCAGGCGACGUCAAGCAAUAGUGUCACCAGAUAUGGUUCAAAGGUAUGAGCAGAGAUCAUCUUCAAGAUAUCAUGCUGUAAAACCGCAACGGAGCACAAGUUCAUCAAGUGAAACAUCAGAUGAUGACAGCGAGAGACGAUUGAAUUUUCUGGCUUCCAAAUAUUGUUGUAAUUAUGGAAACCGACGAGAUAACGACGAUGAUCCAUCAAAGGGUAAUGGCGGAGCAUCAAUUGGUCCAAGCAAGUCAGGAAAUGAACUAGUUAGUGGAAAUGCUAUAAAUACUUCUGAUAAUACUUCAUGCAGUAAUGAUUACCACUCUUCUGCUUUCUGCCGUCAUUUUGCUCAUUUUGAUAUGGAACCGUUUCGGCUUCUCAUGCCGCGCAAUUUUGACUAA